CCACUUGUUAGCAAAGACCCUUUGUAGGUGAAAAGUUCCCUUUUACUUGACAAAAAUCCCAUGUGUGAUUCGUGGCAAAAUUCAAAUGGGCUCGAAAAAAUAUUUGUCUCUUUCCAUUCACUUUGAACAAAGUUUUUUUUUUCUGAAAUAAGGUCCCAUGGGGCAAAGCAGAAGGGGCUCUCUAUUAACAGAAAAUAUAGGCAUGCAUACUAAUUGUUUAAUUGUUUAUUAUCUAUCUAUUAUUAUCUAUCAUAGGUAGAUGGACAGAUAGAUCUAUCUGCGCUCUGAUUGGUUGCGGUUUGCAGUCUCAACUCAAACAGCAGAGCAGCGCGUUAAUGCGCACUUCACAGCGCGAGCUCGACGGAUCCGCACAUCACCGGCUGCUGCUGCUGCUCGCGCUCUCCUCGCUCUCCACCUCGCUCACCUCCACUGCCCUCCACCUGCUCUCCGAGACGACACGAGACAAGGAGCCGCGGCCAAGGACUAAGAGUGGAAGAUGGUCAAACGAUGAGAGGGGCAGCUGGCGGACAGACAGGAGCACCGCUGUCGCAGAGGACUAGGAGGAGGAGUGAAGGAGGAGGAGAGGGAGAGGAGCCGUCACAUCUGCCGUGACUUUGGGGAUUUCUCUCCGGGAGAAAACACGGGGGAGGGAGGAAGACGCUUCGGUCCUCACGGUCAAGGCGGAGUGAGAGGAGUGACUGACAUGUGUGGGGAUUACCACGGAGGACAAGCAUGUCGCGUCCGGAGGCCGUUUGUCGCUCAUCUGUUUUGCAGUUUCGUCAGUUAAGGUAACGGCUGCUUUGGCACAGUUGCGGCGCGCGACAGCCGCAUGUAAGCUAGCAGCUAAAAAACCCUCAUAUUUAUUAAACAGUAGACGUUUAACCGCUGUUCUGUUUCUUUUCUUUUUUUUUUUUUUUGUAGUAUUUUUUUUAUUCUAUCUGAAGCAUCCUUUGGAGAGAGGACCGUGAGAGGUGCGUUUGUUUUGGGGGUUAAAAGGGGCCGGUUUUUAAGAGGCUGUACCCGCACCUCCUCCUCCCCCUUACAUAAAUGUUUGCGUGCCGUUAGUGCUCUCGCUCUCGGUCGAGCCCCCCUCCUCCCCUCCCUCUGAAUAGGUCGCCGAGUCUCACACGCAGACAGGCGCAUCUCACAUGCACACACAGACCUGGACAUCAUCUCGCGCGCACGCAUGCACGCCCGUACGCACGCACGCGCCGCAUAUGCAUACAUAAUUACACACGGACCUCACCCCCCACCCUCACCCACCCAGCCCUCCUCUCACCCCCUACCCUCACACCCCCCACCACUAUCUGAUGACUCCCCGGCGUAGAGGUGGACGUGGUACGGAACCGACUGUAGCAUCAUCAUCAUCAUCAUCAUCAUCAUCAUUAUCAUCAUCAUCCUCAACACUACCACUUUCAUCACCACCACCACCACCACCAUCCUCCUCUUCCUCGCCACCACCAUGUCCUCGUCGUCGCGCAAGAUCUCCUCCGAGUCGUUCAGCAGCUCGGUGGGCUCGGACUGCGGGCUCGAAAGCCCCGGGGGAGACGGAGGGGACGGCGGUCUGGAGACGGCGGAGGAGAGCCGGGGCUGCCCCUUCUCCUCCUUUCCAUCCUCGCACAGAGCGGUGCUCUGGAACGGCCGCAGCCCCGCCGAGAGGUCGGCGUGCCCGGCGGGCGAGGAGCAGCAAGGACCCCACAAGAGGGUCACCAGGAGGAGACGGGUAAACCUGGACUCGCUGGGGGAGAGCCUAAGGCGACUGACCUCACCCAUGACACAGACUGUUCAGGAGGCUCUACAGCGAACUCUACAAUUCUAUAGACAACAAGAAAUCAGGUGUCAGGAAGUUGGCAGCGAGGACCGGCGAAGGGAAAAGAGAGAGGAUAAGUGCCCGUUUUUAGAAAACUCUGGUUCAGAGGAAGACAUCCUACAAAUCCUUCAGUAUAUGGCCACCAUACUGGGAGUACCAUUUUGUGAGCUGCGUGAGCAUUUCGGAGAGGAGUUCUUUGGCCUUUGCUUUGAAGAAAAUGAGCGAGUGCUUCGGGCUGUGGGCGGUAACCUCCAGGACUUCUUCAAUGGCUUUGACGCCAUUUUGGAACACAUUCGCACCUCCACGGGGCGCCGUGCCUCAUCCGAGAGCCCUUCCUUCCAGUGCAAAGAUCCACAUGAGGAGGAGAAAGGAAGAAGAAAAUUGGACAAAGUUGGAGAGCAAGGAGAAAGAGAUGGUAGAGGGAAGGUGUUGCUUCUUCAUUGUUUCAACCCUGCCCCUGUUGUUGGAUUGGUCAUGCCGGGGUUAAUCCGAGCAGUUGCCAGGCGGAUCUUUCAUUCAGAAGUUGAGGUAGAAGAGGUGCCACCUCUAACUCCCUUAUUGCCCAAUGAAGAUAUAGAACACACGGACGGUGACUCUGCAACCCCCACCCCAACUGCGUCCCCCACUGCCUCACCCUCCUCAUCCCCAUCCCCUCCCUCUCCUUUCCCGACCUCUGUUCCCACAGUUUGCUUGUCUUUCCAAAUCCAGGAAACACGCCCUCCUUCCUUCUGCUCUUUCCCAAAUGCUCCCUCGGUGGCCACUAAACGCAUCCCCCCCUCACUCUCCACCAACCCCAGUGAUCUGCGCAUCGGCCUGGCCACGUUUUGCCGUGCCUUUCCAUUUCACCUUGUUCUGGGGCCUCGCAUGGAGUUACUGCAGCUUGGAGAAGGGUUGAGGAGACAGGCGCGUAUUGAGCCUCACCGGAACUUCUCAUUCAGGGACUGUUUUGAGAUUGUCUCGCCCAAGAUGGAGCCUUCGUUCCAGGGCAUACUCCUGAGGCUCGCGUCCCCUUUUACAAUCCGUACAAGACCUGACACCACACAGGCUGGCACCAAGGAGAAGGUGAUGGAGUUGAAGGGUCAGAUGAUCCAUGUGCCCGAGUCUUGCUCCCUGAUGUUUCUGGGCUCACCUCGUGUUGAUAAAUUGGAGGAGCUGAUGGGCAGAGGACUCCACUUGUCGGAUAUCCCCAUCCAUGAUGCAACGCGGGAUGUUAUCCUGGUGGGAGAGCAGGCCAAGGCCCAGGAUGGCCUGAAGAAGAGAAUGGACAAACUUAAGGCCACAUUAGAGCGGACUCACCAGGCACUAGAGGAGGAAAAGAGGAGAACUGUGGAUCUCCUGUAUUCCAUAUUUCCGGGUGAUGUGGCACAGAAACUGUGGCAGGGUCAGCCAGUGCCCGCUCGCAAAUUUGACGAUGUUACCAUGCUGUUCUCAGACAUUGUGGGUUUUACUGCUGUGUGCGCCCAGUGCACACCGAUGCAGGUCAUCUCCAUGCUGAACGAGCUUUACACACGCUUCGACUACCAGUGUGGCAUCCUGGAUGUUUAUAAGAUCGAGACAAUAGGUGAUGCCUACUGUGUGGCAGGAGGACUUCACAAGAAAGUUGAUAGUCAUGCAAAGCCAAUUGCACACAUGGCCCUGAAGAUGAUGGAACUUUCCGAGGAAGUGCUGACACCUGACGGCAAGCCUAUCAAGCUAAGGAUAGGUAUCCACACAGGCUCGGUGCUGGCAGGUGUGGUCGGUGUUAAAAUGCCACGUUAUUGCCUGUUCGGGAACAAUGUGACACUGGCCAGCAAGUUUGAAUCGGGGAGCCAUCCGAGGUGCAUCAAUGUUAGUCCCACAACUUACCAGUUGCUGAAAGAUGACCGCUCUUUUUCAUUUGUCCCUCGUUCACGCCUGGAGCUCCCAGAUAAUUUUCCCAAAGAGAUCCCUGGGACAUGUUACUUCCUGGAGGCAGGGACAUCUCACAGCCAUGCCUCGCUCACCAGCUCUCGCUCUGCGCCCCCGGCCUCUAUGAGGAAAGUCUCCUACAGCAUCGGGACCAUGUUUCUAAGAGAAACAAGUUUGUAGGUCCCACACAGACUAGGAUAUACAGAUAUUCAUUAUGUGAGAUAGUGGGAUUUGAACCUGUUGAACAUGCAGGAAACAGAUCACACUUAUGAAUAUGCACAUGCAUUAUGUGUGAAAACUUCAGACCUGCGGAAUGGCAUUUAUGAUUGACACUUGCUCUUAUUGGAAGUGAAAAAGAACAACAUGCCCUCAUCUCCCCUGAGCAAAGGGAGAUAUGGUUCAAAAGACUUGAUUCUCUUCUCACAAGGACCUGUCCCCAAGGAGGGGUACUGAUGUAGAGAAACCUUGAUAUUGAACUUCAUGAUCUAGCUGGAUUCCUCAGCUUCACACCUGGUUUCUAGCUCUCACCAGUGGUCCUCUCUCCCAAACGUUAGCCUGACCUGUGUCCAGAGGGCAACAACGCUUGGAGAUAACCUGGAGAGAGAGAGACAAUUUACAUGACCAGUGUUGCACUCGUUAGAAUGGAAUUGCGCAAAUAGAACAAAUGUACUUUCCGUUAUCAAAGUGGACACUGAGGAAUGAAGUUGUGUGAACUUUUAGAACAGCGGUUUUCAAAGUGGGAGUUGGGGACUUCAAAUACAUUACUUACUACAUUAGUUACCAAAUGGAGAACACAUAGAGUAGCCUAGUGAGUGAUUUGGUUAAAGAGAAAGUUUGGAGAUUGGAAGUUUGGGGGAAUUUUUCUGUUUUUCCCACCUUCCCAGAGUCAGAGACAGAUAAAUGCCUUAGGACAGACCCCUUUUAAUGUGUUUGGUGUAGUCUGAAGUCAUGUCAAACAGCAAUAUUAGGCCAUACUUUCUCAAUUGUUGAGUGUCUGUGUGAUCAAAUAACAAACAGUAAUUUGUAUCCUGUAGGCAUCCAGGAAUUGAGAGAAACUAAGCAAGUACGUGUUUUUUUGUCUGAGGAGAGGUCCACAGUCUCAGAUUUUGAAAACCCCUGUUUUAGAAGAUGGCAACAUUGCCACAAAUGUGUGCUGUGCAUCAUGGCCUCUUGUACAAGGACGACCACUACUGAAUUACAGUACGACUUCCCUUCCAACUGUCCCUAAACCAUGUCAUGCUUUAUCAAUCAGAAGAAUCAGAAACAGACAAACGUACAUUUAACAUCUGCUGCUUGUUACAUCUGUCCAUCAAUGUAGGACCAUUUGGUGGGGAUGUGGGAGAGAUGAAUGAGUGGACAAAACGUUGGGGCCAUCAUGGGACAAAUGCCAAAAACACAAGUACUAAGCUGAUCUUAGAGCCUUUUCUGCUUCUAACCCACAGCAAACUAUAACCAACUACAAUCUAGUCAUUUCAUUACAGGUUAUACUUAUAGGACUUAAAAUUAUUCCCAGCACAGUGCCUUUUAUACUGCUCAAAUCAGGAUAAACACAAGAUGAUUCAUUCUAAAUAUCUGAAAAUAAUAAAAAGAAAAAAAGCAUAAGGAGCGCCUUAUUUAUCUCA